AUGGUCCGAAAGUCCAAGGUUAAAGAUAAUGCUUGUAGAGUAGCGGGACUAAACCAACAUGAAGACAAUGAAUACAUCAAGAGUGAAAACAUCAAGCAAAUCAUCGAUAGACUCAUUCUCUUGAGCAAGUACCGGAGCAAACUGAAGUCACAAGACUUUCUGCAAGUAACUGCACCUUCAUUACAGAGGCAUGAACCUUGUCAAGAGGGAAACUUGGUUCAAACAUUUAUACAAGGACUCCUAAAUAUGGAUUACAGAGCAAGAUACAUUUCAUUGACAGAAGAAAAAAGAGAGGUAUGCACACGAAGGAGCAUGGUGUCAUAUAAAGGAGAGGGCAACACUUUUGAGAACAUUUUCAAGAGGUCUGCACCUGUUGAUGAAAUGAGUAAAAGACACCAUGUUCACCCAAUAAACAUUCAGAUGGUAGUGUUUCUCUGUGCAGACAAUUUCCUUCGCCAGCUCAUGGUAACAAAACUCUCACAGUGUCAGUAUGCUCUUCCUUGUUUGUUCAAUCCUUUCACUAAAGAGAUAGAAUUUCCCUUGUGGACCUUUUGCCUAAUCAAGAAGAGCUGGAAAUUAUGUGAAAAAAACAUCAGCAAAAACCAGUCAAUAUACAAGGCAGCAACACCUAUGGUUGCAUUUUUCAGGUUUUCAGCAGUUUCUACAUCCAAAUCCGAAUUAAUAAACAAUCUGAUCAAUGAACAACAUGAAACGUUCUUUCACAGGAACUGCUGUGGAAGUAGCAAAUCUCAUCUGCUGGUGGACAGAGUGGUUGUGAUCGCCUGGUACUGCCCCUCUGGAGAGAAAACAGAUAAAUUCAUGGAUUGUGUUGCUUUCUGUAAUCUACAUGGUGAUGCACAAGCUAAUAAGACACAGCAAAAAAUUCUGAUAAAAGAGUCCUCAAUAAAUGUGGUUGUUUUACCAAAUCUUGAACAGACUGGCAAUUGCAUGACAGUAGUGGACUGACUCUUUAAGAGCACAAAGCCACUCAUUUGCCUUCUGACUGAAAAUGACUCAGGUGUCACCGAGGUGCAGAAAGGCAAAUACACAAUUGGCUUGAUACACAGAAAUAAAUCAGAUGUAUCUGAGGAACUCAGAAGAACCAUCAAAGAGUGUCUCUCAAAACCACUAUCACUUUUUAAACUUGGGAAUGUCGUCAAUCAUUCAGGAAUCAGUGUGGAUGAGAAUGAUGAUGACUGCAGGAGAGGAAAAGAGACAGCAGAGCAGAUGAUCAGAAUACUAGAGACAAAGGACCCAUCUAAAAUCAAAGAAACAUUUCUGCCUUGUCAGGGAAAAUUGUGGCAUGACUGGUGUUUAAAGAACAAAGAACUACAUCGACCUCAAGGGGAUAACAUUGAAAUGCAUAAUAGUCAAAUACAAACAGAAAUUCAUCAAAUCCGUGAACAGCAGAGAUCUGUUGAUCUCAGUAUAUUUAUGAAGUUGUUUAUUGAAACACUUGACUCCUGAAAUGCUGAUGAGAAGAUGUAUUUCCUUAAAUGGUUAGGGAUCCUCCUGGAUGAGAUUACUUCAGAAGACCUCUCCGCUCUUCAUCAUGAGUAUGAUGAAAAGUGGUCAAAGGUCUUGGAUUUGAAAAAGAAACAUGAUAAAUCUCAGCAACUGACAGAAGAACAAACACAACUUGAGAAGCUUUCGGAAAAACUGAAUGCAGCAACAUUUGGCUUGGAACAUAUUCUACGAGAGAUUGGCCAGAUAUAUGAAUCGUGUGAAUCUGUGAAGAAUAAAGAGGCUGGAUGCCAAUUAAAUGUCAGUUCUCUCCCACGGUUUGCUGCAGAGCUCAUGAUCUCUGGAUACCCACUGGAACUGAUGGAUGGUGAUGCAGCUCAUGUUCCUCUGAUUUGGGUUAAAGCUGUUCUAGAUGAACUUAUCAAAAUACUAGGAGACCAGAGAGUCUUUGUGUUGUCUGUUUUAGGGAUUCAGAGUUCUGGGAAAUCCACCAUGCUAAAUGCCAUGUUUGGACUGCAGUUUGCAGUCAGUGCAGGUAGGUGCACCAGAGGAGCUUUCAUACAGCUUGACUACCUUCUUAUCAUUGAUAUUGAGGGGCUCGGCGCUUUGGAAUUGGCUGGCAGGUCAACAAUAAAUCAUGAUAACGAAAUGGCAACAUUUGUGGUCGGCCUUGAAAAUAUGACCCUGAUCAACAUCUUUGGUGAGAAUCCAGCUGAGAUGCAGGACAUCCUCCAGAUUGUUGUUCAAGCCUUCCUGAGGAUGAAGAAGGUACAACUGAAGUUUGUGCAUCAGAAUGUUGGAGACAUCACAGCAGGUGAGAAGAACAUGGUAGGGAAAAGGUGCUUACAGGAGAAACUAGAUGAGAUGGCUCAGCUCACUGCCAAAGAGGAAGUUUGUAAUGCGGAAUGUUUCAGUGAUGUCAUUGGGUUUGAUAUAAAGAAUGAUGUGCGGUAAUUUGCCCAGCUCUGGGAGGGCAGCCCACCUAUGGCUCCACCCAAUCGGUGCUACAGUGAAAAUGUACAGGAGCUUAAGAACACCAUUCUUUCCCAUGCAUCAUGCUGUAAUGGUAUUAUGCUGGCACAAUUCAAAGAUCGUAUUGGAGAUCUCUGGAAUGCACUUAUGAAUGAAAACAUUGUUUUCAGCUUUAAGAAUACUUUGGAAAUUGUGACAUAUAGGAAAUUAGAGGAGGAGUAUGGAAAGUGGACCUGGAGUCUCAGGAGUGCCAUGCUGGAGAUUGAAGACAAAUUGCACAACAGGAUUAACAACAAGCAACUGCAUAAAAUUGAGAAAAGAGACCUGGAAAAUGAGAUUGCAAAGACCACUGAAGAAGUGAAAAUCUCCAUGAAACAUUACUUCGAAGAACACAAAGAGAAGAUGUUGAUACAAUGGAGACCGAAAUUUCAAGAGAAAAUCAGGCAUCUACAUGGGGAGCUUGUGAGAGAGGCAAAAAGCAAAUUAGAUAACAUAAUCCAUCAAAGAGAAUCUCUCACCAAACUUGAUGGGGAGAAAACUCUACAUGAGCGAAAACUCUUUGAGAAGAGCAAAGAGCUUGCUUUCAGUCUCAAACAAAAAGAUCUCAAUGAGAAUGAAUUGAAGAGACAGUUUGAUUCAGUGUGGAGUAAAUGGGUCUCUGAGUUGACAGAUGUUCCAUCUUUUAAAGAAAUCAGCAUAGAAAUCAUUACAUUACUAAAUGAAAUGCAUGAAGCAGCACUUGUACGUGACAGAUUAAAUACAUUUAGAAAUGAGGUGCUUGAUUACACAAUUUAUGUAAAUCCCAUCAAAAAAUUCUGCAAAAAACCUGCUGCGACUCAACCACUACCACCUGAGGACCAAGAGUCAAUAAAACAACUAAUGCACAACACCUUUCGUCAAACAGAGAACAAGGUUAAGUCAAAAUCAGUUGCACAGCUUGGUUACAAUCCAAGCUACGUUCAAAAAAUUGCAGAGCUUGUCAAAACGGCUGUAAGAAACCACACAUGUAUGUCCACAAAAUAUUAAUUCAAGAAGGAGUUCACAGUGGAUUUGACGCUCUUUGUGUGCGAGUUGGCCGGUGUGAGGUUUGCAGAACUCCAUCAGGUUUUCAGGGAAGCAAAUGAUCCCUUUAUUUACUUGGAGAAAAAUAAACCAGUGUACUACAGUGUGUUCCUGGCAUUCUGCAGAGGUGCAACAUCUGCUGCAGUAUUUGGAGUCUUGAUAUGUAGUGAACUGAAAGAACCCAUUUUUCAUGGCGUCUACAACAAGACUGCAAAAGACCUGUCAGGAGAGAUGCAGACAAAUAUUCCAGCAUUCAGCAACAGGUCAAACCUGGAGAAACACAUUCUGAAAGCUCUAGCAGAAGAGGAGAACUUUAGCAAGUUCACAGAGUACAUUAAUUAUCCCAGGGAACACUUUGAAAAUUUAAUCGAAUGUGAAGUUAAAGCAUACAUUACAGAGGGGAACUCAAAAGCUCUUGCAAUGAUUAAAGGGAAUAUAAGGCACAAGGAGCAAUAUGUUAUCACAGCUGCUGAAACAGCAACAGCUAAUGUCAUGGGGAACGUAGGCGAUGCAAAUAUGUGGCCCGAAGUAUUUUCAUACUGCAUGAAAGAUGAGCUUGAGUACAAUAAAGAACACCUCACUGGUAAUAGCUCUCAGGACAUCACUGACUUUGAAUUUCUGGAAGCGGUUGAAAAAGAACUUCGCCCCAUUACAGAAGAGUUGAACAGAAUCCUAGAGAAACCCUCUGAUAUCAAAAUGGAAAUGUUCAGGGAAAAGCCAUAUGAGAUUUAUUAA